GGCACCCGGGCCCAGGAGGGAGUGACACAGCUGGGCCGAGCCGAGCCGGGACAGCACCUGCGUGUCACAGAAGCCAGGUGCUGGCGCCGCCCGGUCGCCGGGCAGGAAGUGGCUGCGGCUGCUGCUGCUGCGGCUGCGGCUGCGGCUACGGCUGCGGGAGGACAGACGGGAGGACGGGCUGGGAGGGCCGCGCCCGAGUCCCAGUGUGCAGAGCCAGUCCUAAUGGCGGCGCCGGCGCCCACGAGCCCCGAGGACGACGCCUCGGCCGUCCUAGACGAGCUGUCUCGGAACUUCACGUACUGGGCGCCAGGCCCGGGCAACGGCUCGCUGUCGAGCGCCUGGUAUCGCAGAAACCAGAUUCACCUUUUUGGAGUUUUGCUGGCCAUUUUAGGAAACCUGGUUAUCAGCAUUUCACUAAAUAUCCAGAAAUAUUCUCAUCUUCAUUUGGCCCAAAAAGAGCAUCCAAAGCCAUACUUUAAGAGUGUGCUUUGGCUGAGUGGAGUCCUGCUGAUGGCCAUAGGAGAGACAGGCAAUUUCGCAGCCUAUGGGGUCGCCCCCAUCACUCUGAUCGCACCACUGGGAUGCAUGUCAGUUACAGGUAGUGCCGUAAUUUCUGUUAUAUUUCUAAGAGAAAAUUUGAGAGCCUCGGAUUUGCUAGGUAUGACACUAGCAUUUGCCGGAACAUAUCUAUUGGUGAAUUUUGCUCCAAAUAUCACCCAGGCUAUCUCAGCAAGAACAGUACAGUAUUACUUUGUUGGCUGGCAGUUCCUGGUCUAUGUGAUUUUAGAAAUCCUAGUUUUCUGCAUCCUACUGUAUUUCCAUAAGAGAAAAGGAAUGAAGCACGUUGUGGUCCUGCUUACCCUGGUGGCACUCCUAGCCUCAUUAACUGUGAUUUCUGUGAAAGCUGUCUCAGGCAUGAUCACGCUUUCCAUGACGGGUAACAUGCAGCUAACCUAUGCCAUCUUCUACGUCAUGCUUGUCAUCAUGGUAGCCUCCUGUGUUUUCCAAGUCAAGUUCCUGAAUCAAGCCACAGAACUCUACACAAUGACCACAGUGGUGCCAGUCAACCAUGUUUUCUUUACAACCAGCGCUAUCAUUGCAGGCAUCAUAUUUUACCAGGAAUUCCUUGGUGCUGCUUUUCUCACUGUAUUUAUAUAUCUUUUUGGGUGUUUCCUGUCAUUCCUUGGAGUAUUUUUAGUGACAAGAAAUAGAGAAAAGGAACAUCUACAACAGUCUUUUGUUGAUUUGGGGAAUAUUCCUGGGAAACAAAUGUUGGACAGAAUACAACCAGACUCAAACGGCUUAUCCUACGGAACCUUGCCUGACGGAGGUGACUCAACAAGGGGCCAGUGUGGAGAGAAGAAAAAAGCCUAGAGAGGUCGCCAAGGGGGAUGGCUGCCGGCCUGCUAGUCAAAACCACCUUUUAAAGGAUUGCACAUGUUCGCCCUGUGUCAGCAGCUAUUUCACGCCGACAUGUGCGCGCAUUCGAUUACUUCUCCCCCACCGUGGACAAUCAGGGCCUUCCUAAUCUCUAGCAGCCUAAUGCUUUCAUGGAAUGUAACUGUGAGUGCUCCCCACACCCUGCGUCCUCCCAGCGGCCAUCGAGCUGGAUCUUAAUGAGAGCCUGGCUGCUGGAGCAAGAAUGUCACACAAAAAUGUGCACUCGAGAUCCGGCCGUAGACGGCGAGGUCGCUUCUGCACGUGGCUUGCAGAACCUGCUCUCGUGCCACAGCCUUAGUCUUUAAUGGGAGACUUGAUGUGCUUGUUCCUGGCCGCCUUCCGUAAACCUCUCUUAAGGAACUCACACCUUUUCCCCUGUUGUAUGGCAAGUCAUGGCCCCAGCCAAUUCUGAUAAAAAUCUUCCUUUGAAAAUAAAGGGCCUCGUUACAAAA